UUGUUAUUAAAAUAAUAAUAAAUACAAAAAAAAAAAAGAGAAAAUAAAAACAACAUCAUGUCUGGAAUUCCUGUUCUUUUGAUAACUGCAAAUGUAGGCAGCAUAUUUGAAGAGCCUGGAGUUAUGCUUAAAGUAUGGACUGAAGAAUUUUUAUCAACUGUUGCAAAAUUGGAUCCAAAAUUUAUAGCACUUCACUGCCAAGAAGUAGGUGGUAAAACUUAUGAACAAAGCAUGAGACAUGUUGAAGAUUUUGUUAGGCUGUUAAUGUCUUCCGAAGAAUUACGAUUAUUUGAUAAAGUCAGAGUUUUUUUAGAUGAAGAUUUUUCAUCAGCAGAAAAUUUUACAGCACUUGGAAAUUUUUAUUUCAUUCAUGAAUCAUUAAAAGAUGUACAUAUUUGGGAUUUUCAAGAAUCAAUAUUUAUACCAGUAUGUGAAAAAGAAGUACACUCAGGAAAUAUUGAAUCAGUUACAACAAAAGAAAAAUCAAAAUUUCCACAAGAUUUUUUUCCAGAAUGUAAAUGGUCAAGAAAAGGUUUUUUACGUACACGAUGGAAUAUAAGUGGUACUGUUUUUGAUCUAAUAAAUAUACAUUUAUUUCAUGAUGCAAGUAAUUUUAUUGCCAUGGAAACUUUUCCAUCGGUAUACAGUAAAACAAGAAGGCGUGCUUUAGAGCAUACUCUUGAUAAAUUUCAUAAUGAUCAGUAUCAAAAUGCACCGUAUUUUGUAUUUGGUGAUUUUAAUUUUCGAACUGAUACAGCUGGUGUUAUCAAGAAACUUACUGAGGAUACUCAUCAGAGUCAAUUAUCUAAUAAGGGUACUAUUUCAAAAUUACAAUUUCGUAAUAAUGAUGACAAUUUAGUACUCACAUUGGGAAAAAAAGAAUUUUCAUAUUUUCAACAUGAAAAUGUGUUUGCUGAAAAUAGUGGCAAAUGGAUGCGAGAAUAUGAUCGUGAAAUGGAGGAUUUUGAAGGAAGACUAUUUGAGUUUCCAAUUGAAUUUGUUCCGAGUUAUCCUUUUGAGGAAGACAUAACUCAAGGAUCAAAUUAUAUGCAAACAAGAGUACCAGCUUGGUGUGACAGGAUACUUUUAUCUCCAACUGCUAAUUCUCUAGUACAAAAUAGUACUUCACCUGAUGCAGUCAAGUACGGUAUCAUCGGUCCAACAACAUGCAUGGGUGAUCACAAGCCAGUUUAUCUUCAUGCAGUGCUUGCAAUAAAUGCAGGUAUGCUAAAUUGCUGUACAUCUGAAUUAUCAAAAAAAUUAUGCUUUCAUAUGUUACCUGAUAGUUGUAGUAAUUAUUUACAAUGUCAACCUAUACUUACAACCACAAAAACCACAACGAACACAACAACCACAUCAACAACAACAAGUUAUUUGCACGCAAUUACAAUUGAGCAUGAUCCAUACACACCUGAUAGCAUGGAUAGUCCAAGCCCGAGUGUAUUUCCUCCAUCAAGUGAUAUUGAAUUACAAGAAUUACAAGAAUAUGAUGAAAAUUAUUAUGAUAAUAAUAAUAAAAAUAAUAAUAAUAAAUUAAAUAUAUUAAAACGUCAUGAUUCAGCAGUAUCACCAGCAUUAUUAAAAUCAAAAUUAGAAUUAAUUGUUAAAAAUAAUAAUAAUAAAAAAAAUUAUUAUAGAUUACAUUCAUGGCCAGAUAUUAAAUCUACAUUAACAAAUAAAUAUGAAAAUGAUAGAUGUUAUUCUGAUUCAACAUAUAAUAAAUUAUGGUUUAAUAAAAAAUUAAAUAAUAAUAAUAAUAUUAAUACAUUAUCUGAUAAUAAUAUAAAUGAUAUUAAUAAAUAUAAUAAUAUACCAAAAAUAUCAAUAAUAAAAGCAAGUAAUUUUGUAUUAAAUGAAUCAACAAAUAAUAUUAUAAAUAAUGAUAAUAUGACAUUAAUUAAUAUAAAUAAUAAAAGUCAUAAUACAAGUGGUAAUUGUUCAAGUUUUGAAACUGAUUUAUCACAAGAUAGAUGUGAUUUUUUUAAAACAAGUAGUAAAUUAUCUGGUGCACAUGAUAGUGGUCUUGAUACACUUGAUGUUGAUGAUGGUUUAUCACAAGGUAAUUGUUCAUUUGGUUUAUCAUCAAAUGAAACAACUUCAAUAUUUCCAUUUGAUAAAGAUGAAGAAAAAUUAAAUAAAUAUUUAUUUAUAUCAAAAGAAAAUACAAUACAUGAUGAUAAUGAUCAUUGUGAAAAUGAUAUUAAUACAUCAAAUGAUACAUUAAAAAAUACUGACUCUGUUGAUGAUAAAAUUAUUAGUCAAAAUUAUCGUAACAAUGCUGUCAAUGAAAAUGAUAAAUGUUGUAAUAAUAAAUGCUGUGUCAUAUCAUGAAUAAUAAUUGAAUUUUAUUAUUAUUAUUAUUAUUAUUAAAAUUAUAUUUUUUAAUUUUAUAAUAAAAUUUAUUAAUUAAUGAACAAUAUGAGAUAAUCAAAAUAGAAAAUAUAAAAUUCUUAUGCUGUAUUUUUUGAAACAAAAAAAAUGAAACAUUAAACUGCCAAAGCGUUUAUAGAAUUUUAUAAUAUAUUUAUUUAAUUAAUUAAUGAUUGAACAAGUAUUUUUUUAAGUGUUGAAUUAUAUUAAUCAUUGUGUGAUUAUAGACUGUUUUUAAGUAUUUUAAUUAAAUCGGUUUGUGUGUGCCAUUUUAUAUUUAAAAAAUAUAUUAUUAUUUAAACAAUAUAAUAAUUAGUGUAGCAUGUAAUUAUUAUAUUUUUGUACAUAAUUUAAUUUAAUAAUUGCUUGACUUGUUUAUUAUUUUUGCAAAUUUUUAAUUGUUAUUAUUUAUUGAUUAUAAUUGUGUAUGCGUGUGUGUGCACGAUUUUGUGUUAAUGAUUUAAAUCAAAAUUUAUAUGUUGUUAAUUAUUAUAAUUAAAAGAAUAAAAAUAGAAAAAUAAAUGGUGUGUUAAUAGUGAAAGAAUUGUUGGAGUCUAGUCAUCGUGAAUUUGAUAAAAAUGGUGAAUUAUUGAUGAAUCCAAUGGAUAAAAAAUACAACAAUAACAAUGCAGCUACAAUAACUCGUUAUAUUCAUAUUAAACAUGCUGACUCUUCCGUUAAAAUAUUCCGUGAAACAACUGUCUGAUCUUCAAUUUAAUAAUAAUUAUUUAUGUUAGAACGUAAUACUAAAAGAAGAAACAUUUCAUUUAUCAAAUAUAAAAUAUUAAAAAAUAUUAUUAACAUCGAAUAAAAUCUUAUUCAACACAAAAACAAAUAAAUUUCAAUGUAUUUAUAAAAAUCAAUGUUUUUUUUUUCUUCUUAUUUCGUUUCUAAAAAUGAAAAUGUUUAUCGUCGUUUAUGUGAAAAAUAAAAAAAUGAAUAAGAGCCAUUGUAUGUUAUAUAAAUGUCUAGGUAUUUUUAAUAUCACAUUAACUUAAAUAAUGUUAUUUAAAAUUGUGAUUAAUUUAUAAAAAUUAUUUAAAUUUUAUCAGUACUUAUAUUUAAACAAAAAAUGCACAUUUAAUUAUUUUUUCAUUGAAAGUUUUAAAUGUGCAUUUAACAAGUCAUUCCUCAACAUCAUUUUAAUAAUUAAAUAUUAAUUUCAAUGGAAAAAUAUAUAUACGUGUAUUUUUAAAUUUAUUUAUAGUUAAAUAAAAAUACACCAUCAGCACGAAUUUAUUCAUCAAUGAGAUUAUAUAAUUUUCAUUAUCACGUUGUUAACUAGCCAAAAAAUAAAUACAGGAUAAAAUUUCUAAAAAAAGAAAAGAAACAAAUUAAUAUAUGUAUAAGUGUUGUACUUUUAUAAAUAAUUCAUGAGCUUAUGUGUGUUUCGUAAGGAAAAAUUAAAAUAUCAAAGUUUUAUUAAACUUAUUGAUGUGUCCAAUGUUACUCGUUGUUUUAAAACAAGACAGGAUUUUAAAUGGCAUAAUUAAAAAA